GGGAAUGAUCGAGAUCGUGCUGGGCACGGACAUGGCGAAGCACAACCAGCACCAGAAGAGCUUGAUGAGUUGGGUGGCAAACAAGCCCACGGCCGAAACUCCGGCAGGGGAGCAGGCCUUCCUCCAGGAUAAGUUGGAGCUUCUCGAAGUCUUGGCGCACGCGGCCGAUAUCUCGAACCCCUGCAAGCCGCAUGACAUGAUGUUGUUCUGGGCCGAACGGGUCCUUUCGGAGUUCUGGUUGCAGGGCGACGAGGAAAGCCGUUUGAACUUGGAG